AUCGAGACCUAUCAAAUAGGUGGUGAUCACAACGCGCCCUAGAUAAAACGCUCUCGUCUUGUUUGCCACUCUAAUUUUCUCGAAGGUGCGGUCGCCGCUUUUUUAAUCUCCCUCUAAUUUCUCCGUGUCUGAGUUGGUAAGCAACAUCGAACGCUCUCUUUGUAUGAGAGGUGAAGAUUUUAUGUCUUUCAUUAUUUUCCAAUUCUAGGGCUUUGCUUCUUCGUUUUUCUCUUCGAUUUCUAGGGUUUUCACUUUCGCAUUAUAUCGCCGAAUUUCGAUUGAUCAACUUAAAAUUGAUUAUCUUCUAUUGAUUUUUAUUUUUUCUUUCCAUUGAUUCUGCGUUUGAUUUCGUAUUAUUUUUAGAUCUGAAAGUAGUUUGGCUUAGGGUUCUAAAUUUUUCAAAAAAAAAUUGAAUCGAUUGUAUAAUCAAAUUAGGUUUUACUAGAUAGAAUUAAGGGGAUUUGAAUCGAGAUUAGUGCUUUAUUCAACUGAAUAUUUGGAUAAAGUAUAUAUGGCUGCUGGGAGACAUGGGGGUUACCGUGAUAACGAAUUCAGAGACCGAGAGGCUGAUUUUGAAGUGUCAAGGCGUGAAUAUGCUUAUUCCAAGGAUGAAUAUGACUAUGAGCGGGUUAUGAGUAGUAAUCAUGAAAACCAGCUGGCUGGAGUUCGAUACAUGAGAGAUAGGGUUAGACAAAAGGAUAUUAAGGAGAGGGAAGUGAUGACAAAUGGUGGGUAUCGCCCCUCAUCCAGUAGGAGUGAUUCAGAUAGCAGUGCUGGUGGUCUUAAUAGUCUUGGGCCCAGGCCGAAGGAGUUUUCAGUUAAGGCUAUUGACAGGGAGCCUGGUGAAUUGUCAAGUGAAAGUGGAUCUGAGGAUGCAACUGAAACUGACUUUGUGUCAAAAGGUAAGCAUAAGGAAGUUUCCAAGGUGGUAGUGAAUGGGAUUCAAUCUCAUUUGGAAAGAAAAAGGAAAUUCUCACCCAUAGUGUGGGACAGAGACGAUAAUAAUGUAGGUAAAAUUAGCAAUUCACCCGUUGUGACGGCCCUUCCCCCUUCGCCACUUUUACCAAAGACAUAUCACAAAUCACCUAACGUUGUUCCAGAGGGAGGUGUACAUGUAUCUCCCUCGAAGGGUAGGAAAAACCAGACUUUUCAGUCUGUUUCACCAAUUAAUCCUCCCGUGGAAUCUAGGACAGUUGAAUAUGAUACAUCUGGGUCUCCUGUUGGGUUGUCUAUUUCACCUUCAAAGGAGCAACAAGGGUUUAAUGUUCUGGGAUUGGAACAUUUAGACGAUGUAGACUAUGUAACAACCCAUAAUAUAUCCUCUUCGAGAUGGGCAGCUGGAAACAGUUCACCUAUUGAUGAAGGUGAAAUUUUAGAAGAUGAAGAAGUUCCCAAAAGGAGGAAGAAAUUGCCUCUUUCAGAGUCUUUGCAAACCCGAUCAAGGAACAAAUCUAUUAGUCCUGAGCUUCUGGAGCUCAAGAGAAAGGGGUCUGAAAGGGCGAGAUCCAGGUCAUCUGAAUCUGAUGAACACAGCAGCCGUGCUAGGUCUUUGAGUGGGGAUGAUUAUCAUAGUAAUGAUUCAGAGAAGUAUGAUUACAUGGAGAUUGACAAGGAAGAAAACCAUGAUGAUAUUAGUGUUAGUGGGUCUGAUGCAAAUUCAGAUGAUGAAACCAAUUCUCACAAGACUCCAGAACCUGCAGCACCUCCUCAAAGAAGUAUAAAUAUGCUUCAGGGAUGUAGGAGUGUUGAUCAGUUUGAGAGGCUAAACAAGAUAGAUGAAGGCACUUAUGGUGUUGUAUAUAGAGCUAAAGAUAAAAAGACCGGGGAAAUUGUAGCCUUGAAGAAGGUAAAGAUGGAAAAGGAAAGAGAAGGUUUUCCAUUGACUUCUCUUAGGGAAAUAAACGUCCUUCUUUCUUUUCAUCAUUCAUCUGUUGUGGAUGUUAAAGAAGUUGUUGUAGGGAGUAACUUAGAUAGCAUUUUUAUGGUGAUGGAAUAUAUGGAACAUGAUCUAAAAGGACUGAUGGAGGCAAUGAAGCAACCAUUCAGUCAGAGUGAAGUGAAAUGCCUCAUGCUCCAGCUAUUGGAGGGUGUUAAAUCUCUUCAUGAUAAUUGGGUUCUUCAUAGAGAUUUGAAGACAUCAAACCUGCUCUUGAAUAAUAGGGGUGAGUUGAAGAUCUGUGACUUUGGUUUGGCACGUCAAUAUGGGAGCCCAUUGAAACCAUAUACUCAUUUGGUGGUUACUCUUUGGUACAGGGCACCAGAACUUCUAUUGGGAGCAAAACAAUAUUCAACUGCAAUUGACAUGUGGUCAUUGGGUUGUAUCAUGGCUGAACUGUUGUCUAAGGAGCCACUGUUCAAUGGCAAAACUGAAUUUGAUCAACUUGAUAAGAUUUUCAGAAUCCUUGGCACACCAAAUGAGAAAAUUUGGCCUGGAUUUUCAAAGCUGCCUGGUGUGAAAGUCAACUUUGUCAAGCAUCAGUACAACCUGCUGCGCAAGAAAUUCCCAGCAACAUCUUUCACUGGAUCGCCAGUCCUAUCUGAUGCUGGGUUUGACUUGUUGAACAAACUCUUAACCUAUGAUCCCGAGAAGCGAAUAACAGCUGAUGCUGCUCUGAAUCAUGAUUGGUUUCGUGAAGUUCCUCUUCCUAAGUCCAAAGAUUUUAUGCCUACCUUUCCUGCUCAACACGCUCAAGAUAGGCGUAUGCGAAGAACUAUGAAGAGUCCUGAUCCUUUAGAAGAGCAGCGUAUAAAGGAGCUGCAACAACGGGAGCUAGGGGCAGGUGGUUUGUUUGGCUGAUAGAAAUGAAUACAUUUGUUAACUGUGUCUAGGGUCCUGUGCUUUAAGUGUCAAAAUAGUUUGCAAAUGCCCACAGUUGAGGUGAGGAAUAUGCAUUCAACAGAAGUUGCAAACAUUGCUUGUCAGACGAUCAUUCAUGCUGUUUUUUAGCAGGCAACUGUGGUGGUUUGGGUGGAGAAUUAUAUGCUUGCUACCUGUCAACAAGAAUUCUUACAGGUUAAUUUUGUCCUCCGGCUCUGGGAAUCAUGUAGAAAAAUGCGUCUGUGACACUGAUUGCAUUGCAAGGUGUGGCAUAACAGCUUUUCUUCUUUAAAAUAUGAGUUUCGGCUGGAACUUGUGUAUGUAACAUAUUCUCAUUGGCACAUUGUAAACAAUCAUCUUGAAAUUUGAUUUUAAAUUAGAAAUUUAUGGAAUUUACUAUGCACUAUCAUUUCUAUCAUUUUUAAUAUUCACAUUGUGUUUGCAAGAGACGGUUGGUGUGAAGUGGAGGGGACGUUGUUCGCUUUUCAUUGAUGAACAAAUUGACAGUAACCAUUGUUCUUUGAAGGUAAUUUAUCGAUUUAAUAUCUGCAGAAUGAUAUGUGGGAUAAGGACUCUUCUGUCUAAAGUGUGAACAUUGUUAUGCUGGCAUACUCUUGAUAUACAGUGGUUUGUUUCAGUUGCUGUGCUAUUAUUCUCUUUCUCUUGCCACCCUCUUGAAAAAUUCUUGGCAUUAUGGAGAAGAUGAUUUCACUUGUGCAGUGAUCUUGUGGGCAGGAUUUGCACCCUUUCUAAAAUGCUGUUAAUGGAACAGUAUUAUAUUUGAUUAAUAAUGUCAGUACCAAAAAUAUUUAAGAGUAACUUGAAAUAUUUGUGAUACUGCCAACACUAAUUACUGCUCUCUUCUGUAUAUUGUUUUGACUCAGGCUUGUUUUUAUUGUAAAUUCAUUAUUGGAUGUGAUUAUCAAAUAAAGAAGGCGGCUGUCCUGUUAAGCCAUGUUGUUGUAUGUGCUCUUCACCUAAUCAUGUCUAAACUUCUACUUACCAUGAAUCUCUAGCUGAUAUGUUUUCAACUGAAGAUUUGAGAGAAUUCAGCCUUCUCAAAUAAUGAUAAACCAUAAGCCUGAGUGAAGAAAGAAUAUCCAGUUUGCAACUUCAUGUCUAGUUGCAUUUUAAUAAUUUGGUGUAUAUUAAUUUCCAAUGAUUUUGUGCCUAUGUUUCUCCACUUAUCUUCUGUUGCUUGGACUCUCAUUUUGCACUUCUUUGCUUCUUGGUACUGAGAAAACUUGACGCAUUUUUUUAAUGUGUGAAGAUCAAAUGGUUAAUUGUAACCCUAUCUAUUCUUUUUCACAUUGAUGGUGUGGGAAGAUUCAGACUUUAUUAGCUGCAGAAAAUUCUCUAUGACAUUGUCUGCAAAUGUCACUGCAGUCUCAAAGCAAGCAGGUUGAGGAGGUUACCUGUAUUCUCUGGAAUUUAUAGAACUUCCAAUUAGUUGUUCGUUCAGGCUCACUAGAGGCAUGGCUGGAAGAAUGGGUUGCUUGGAGAUGGAAAACCAUGAAGCGUCCACUUCCCAUUCAUGAAAUCCAUGACCUGAGGUCAUUAAGAGUAACUUGUUAUAUUGAAUCAAACAGAUAUAGAGAGGUGCGUGUAAUCCCAUCAACACAAUCUUGAUUCCCUCCACCCUUUUAGAUGGUCAUAUACUUCCUGGUUUUUGGGGCUGUUUUUCUUUUCUCAAACCCUAAAACCCAUUCUGCCUUGUUGUAAUUUUGAUUAUAAACCAUUUUGAGGAAAUUGGCAGGCAGGGAAAUAUGGAAUUACAAUGUGGUCUAUACAUCAAUGAGGUAUGAUUGAUUGUUUCAACCAUGUCAUCUCAUGCUCUGUUUUCCUCCUCUUGCACGAGGUUAAUUAAUGAAUACUAAAGACAGAGAAAUUAAUUUUGUCAAGUAUAAAGUUCUUUCAUGAUUGUGAAUUAAUGAACUAAAUAACGGAGCUUAACACAUUUUAAAAGUCUACUUCAUGUUUAUGUUUGAGUUACUCCUAUAAUGACCAAAUUCUUUUCAUUUUUGUUUGGAUGAUAUCAAUUUCUACAAAUAUUCUUAGUUUGCUGAUGUGGGUGGUGAUGAGUUGUGCAAUGCUGUAAGCAAAUACCAAAUGCCAGUUUAAGUGCUGCCCGCCCCUUUCUUUUGUCUUGUGUCUCAGGCAAUGCAGCCAUUCACCACAUCAAAACUAAGCAUCUGUGUUUGCCUGCAUUUUAAGGCCAAAUGAUAUUAUUUACUUGGGUCAAUGAUAUCAUCUUGUCAUCAUAAAUUGUUUUAUGGUAUCCAGUCAAAAGCUUAGAGAUUUGAGUGUGUAAGUAAAUGUUGGUUGUGUAUAAAUUUCUGCCAUAUCUCUACAAAAUAUAGCUUUCUUACUAUAGAGGACUUCUUUUUCUCUCUUACUAUCUCUCUCCAUUUUUCCUCUAUCUGGGCAAUUUCUAACAUUUAUACUGACAUGUCUACAUACGUGAGAAAACUUGCUGUGAUUGCUCAUGAGCAUGUGCGGACAGAGGUGUUGAUGGUUUCCCUUUAAAACCUGAAUAAACAUUGAUUUCCUGGAGCUUUGAUGUAUUUGGAGCAUCCUUGCCAGGGUGAUUAACUAGUACUGAGAAUGAUGGUCUUUCCUAGUACAAAGGUAACAAGAGAGAGUUCAAAGAAGAAGAUUGUUGUUUGAUAAGAGCCCUAUCAACUGUUCAUCCAAUAUGGUAAUGCCCCCGGGGUUUGUCUGCAAAUACAGACUGUACAACCAGUGCAUGCUACAAAACAUGUCUUUAGAGACUGAACAAUAUUUUGUGGAUAUGGGGUGCAGGAUGAAUGGUUUAGGCCAUUGGUGACUGAUAUUGAUGGUAUUGGUUUGCUACACAGGGCAAAGAGAAGUGUAGAGUCAGAAUUAAGUGUGCCAGUGACAACUAGCAAAUUACAACUGUAUUAUUGCUUCUACAUUCUCACUUUUGUGAUGGAACUUACUCCAGUUGGGGACCUUCACUGCCAAAUCGGUACUGAGUUGAGGCAACUUUGUUGAACUAGUCAUUCUAUUGAUUCAUGGAAUGGGAUUCUUAAUUGAGAAUCCUAUUGUUAACUUUAAUGGAAGUGAAACAAGUAGCAUUUGGCUCUUCUUGGUUACCAAAUCCUUACAGCUUCCAUUGCUACUGUGAAUUUGGCACCAACAUUGCCAUCAACAAUUCCACUUGCCAUAUUCUCUUUCUUCUUCGGAAAUCACAGCCGAGGUCACUUCUAUUUCUUUUAUUAGUCCUUAAAUUUGAGGAGAAGGAGAAUGAUAUUCAAUGUCGGGAUGGUUAAAAACAAGUGUUUCUAUUGUGUUGUGUAAACAUGCAAGGAUUGAGGAGCAAGGAGGGGCCUACUUCUUCUUAAAACUAUGAAAAUACAAAUUUGAAUUCUAAUGGACACAAGAGCCUUGGUCUUGGUUAA